CAAGCACUACUCAUGCAUGGACUGAUGGAGCGCUCAGAAUAAGAAAUUUUUUGCUGCUGCUUUUCGCCUGUAGCUGUCGUGCCAGACAAGCAACCUUGGAAGCAAUAAUAGUUGGAGCUCAGACAGAAGUGGAAACGAGUCAGUUUUUAUUCCUUCAACUAUUACUUAGCUUACUGGUGUUUCUAGUAGUAGUAGUGGAGAGUCAGUGAACACGCUCGCUAGCUGCGCGCACCUGAAAACUACUGUUGUAUUUGUAACAGUUAGUGUGUCAUGUCCUGAGUGUAGAUUGACCUGGUGACUCGCUUAGCUAGCUCGUUGAGCACGAUAAAAUUCCUGUCAGAGCCACGCGUUACUCGCUAACGUUAUUACCGUACCGUGCGUGUACUAGUAAGUUAGUGAACGUCUGUGAGCACGUCCAGCAAAGUCGAUCCCAAUGCCGGGUGGUAAAAGCAAGAAGAAGAAGAGUAAAACGGGGACGGGCGGCCACAAGAAUGGAGUGGUCGACCAGGAGUACUAUCAAAUACUCCUGCUUGGCGUCGGCGGGGUGGGGAAAAGCUCAUUGGUUCUGCAACUCGUCUUCAACGAGUUUCACGACGAGUACCGCCCAUCUGAGGUAGAUAACUAUCAAGCACAGGUAGAAGCGGACGGCAUAGUGUCACGAGUAGACGUGUUGGACACGUCCGGCCAAGAAGAGUACGCACUGGCGCGUGACAGUUACAUACGAAACAGCAUGGGUUUUCUUGCAGUGUUCUCUAUAGCAGAGCAGGAUUCCUUCGAUGCCCUGCCAGAACUGGUAGACGCUGUUCGCCGUGUAAAGAGGGGUGAAGACGCACCAAUCAUCGUAGUCGGCAACAAGAGUGAUUUGAAGGAACAGCGUGUUGUGUGGGAAUCGCAAGGCAGGGACUAUGCGGAAAGCAAUCAUCUCAUCUAUUUCGAGACGUCCGCAAAGACAUCCGAGAACGUAACGCCAAUGUUUGUAGAGCUGGUCAGGCAGAUGCGGGCCACACGUGCUGCGGCCGCGGCCCAGAAUGGAGCAGUCAGAAGUGGAGGGCAUGGUGGGCGACGACGACGCUGCGUCAUCCUGUGAAGAGAAGUCGUGCACCUGUAGACACGUCCGAGUAUGUGAAUGUUAUGUGUGUGUGUGCCCAUACACACGCACACACACUCACACAGGACAGACACACACACACACACACACACCACAUACACACCCAUGAUAGGUAUCCAUUUACCUCUGGAGAAUCCGUAAAUAAACAACACAAUACAAAAUGCAAUACAAUCCACACAAACACAAACACACACACACACAGAGAAACUCACACAGGGUAAAUUGUCAAACAAAGAACCCAGUGAAGUAACAGACUGGUCCGCGUCAUGACAGACAAUGUCAGUGAAGUAUAUCUAUUCUUGAGACUGGCGCUUGGCUGCAGGACACCCAUUCAAGCAGUUUUAUUAUCAUAAUUGCUCAAAUUCCACCCUUCUAUUCAGUUUUCCCCGGAUUUUCCCGAUUCUCCUUUUAUUUGAGGUCAAUUUCCAAAAACUUUUACCUGAUAUUACAGGCCACUAUCAAGCCCAAGAAACAUGGGGAAAUCAGUUGGAUUGUUCGAAAUCCAACGUUACACGCUACAAACCAAAAUUAUGAAAAUUGUGUUUAUAGGCUGAUAACUUCAAGAAAACAUAGACCACGUCUGCAAGGUAUCAUCCACAGACGUACACCCGAUGCAAAAUUAUUUGCGGAUUUACGAUAUCAACUCU